AUGAUAAAAGAAAUUUUCACUGAUGCCAUUGUAAAACUGGAGCAGAUUGAAGUGUUUAAGUUAGAAGUUGAAAAACACCGUGCUUAUAAACAGGGACAUCUGGAAUAUCUAGUUAAGGACAGAUAUAGAAGGAUGCUAAUACUAUACAGGCACACGGACCGCCUAACUCAAAAAAACAAAGAUGCACAAUGCAUCAAUGAACUGGUAGACAUGGACAACUUAUAUCACGACACGAUGAUUUUUAUUGAAAUGAUGAAAAUGAUUGAAGGGGUCGACAAUCUCGCACCGAUAAAGCCCCGGUUCCGAUCAAAUACAGCCCAGAAAGAGUGGCGGGAAGCGGCGGACACUGCGGCGAAUGACCCCGCAAAAUUAACUAAAAACCCGCAAUCCUCGGAAACACAUCCAGGCAAACGAAAGAUCGACCGCGGCGACAUCUCGCGUCCGGGUUUAGUAGACGUCCUGAUGCAGAGCGACAGGAGCUGGCAAGAGAAGCCACGCCCCAACCGCCGUAGUACAUGCCGUAGUACGGGCAUACUCCGGGCGUCAUGGCUCGCGCGACGUUCUCCGGCCACUAAGCACGGAUCUGAGGGCGGUGAGCAAGGGUCAGGCCACACGACCGAACUAGACCCGAACGUAGCGCAUAGCGGUACGCAGGCAUGGAGCCCAACAUGGCUGACGUUCAGGGGUUGCGAGUCAAAGGCAAAGACUUUCAUCUCGUCAGCGCACUGUGUGGCCGAAAUACGAUGCGUUGUUGGCAUAUGGCAUCCCGACCAAUGUAGAUUAGGUAAGGCUAGAACUAAGAUGGACGCUCGGUGCCACUGCACUGCCACUGCCCAUUUCGGGGAGAACACAGAUUGGGAGGAGUAG